AUGUCUGCCCUGCCCAGGUCAAUUGGCUCCAGGCUACUCGCGCCCACCCUACGGCCCUCUGCGACCAGAGCCAUUACCCCCGGAUUCCGCACGUAUGCGACCAAAGAUGCGGGCUCCGACGAUGCCCCUGCAGUCCCGCUCAAGAGCGACUCUACCCAGAUCCGGGAGGAAAAUGCAGCCGAAGGAAUGAGACAUCAGCCAGACUACAACGUCGCUGUCGACUACCGGACCUCCAACUUCUCCCCGAUUCCCAAACGUGUCAUGGACGGAAGCGAGCCUGGCGAGAGUGUAGCUGCUGCCGUCCUCUCUGGUGCUCCAGUCGAUCUCCAGGCGCGUACCGUGCGCAUCUAUCGCCCCACAAAGUCGGCCACGCAAUCCGGUCACUGGAACUCGUCACACUGGCUCAUGGAUUGGGACGUCCUACCCAAGGGCCACCGAUGGGAGAACCCGCUUAUGGGCUGGCAAUCAUCAGCUGAUUUCAUGAACGGCCACCGGAUACAGUUCAAGAGCAAGGAGGACGCCAUCAAAUUUGCCAACAAGCAAGGCUACGAGUAUUUCGUGCAGGAGCCCAACAAGCGCAAGUUCGUACCCAAGGCAUAUGCGAACAACUUCACCCACAUUCCAGGCAAGUUGAAGGUUGUGCGGACAAAAUAA